CUGGUGGAGCAUUUCAACUGCACAGACACCAGUGCUCAAUAUCAACUCCAUCAGCGGCUCGAUGCCUUACGUAUGAAAGACUCAGCUGAUGCCACUGACUACAUCAGACAGCACACUGUGCUUCGUGAAUGUCUUCAUGACUCAGGCACUGCACUUCAUGACAGUGACACCAUUUACAGCUUAUUAAUUGGACUUCCACAUAUGCCCAUAUGG